GUCACUGUCAUGCAGUCAGCCGCGUUUCCCAUUUGCUGGAGCUCAGAAACUUUUGUGGGUCCGGGCUGGCAGAGUCUGUUCCUGAUUCCUUGGUGACGUCAUGGAGAAGGUUCGCUGCCCGGAGCACGGUGCUGUUUGUCUGCUGAAAACUGGGACCCGUGAAGGGCCCAACAAGGGGAGGAGCUUCUACGUCUGCCCAGCCAACCGCGGCCAGGCCUGCCCGUUUACCCGGCCCACAGAGCUCCCGCCAUCGCGCUGUCUGCUGCAUGACGACGCUCAGCUGGACCUGCAGGCUCUGGUGAAGCAGGACCCUGGGAGCUACAGGUUGUUUUAUCGCUGUAUGAAGAGUGAGGGGAAGAAGUUCUGCGGCAGCGUCCCCUGGAAGGAGGGGCCAAAGUGCAAAGUGACUGCGAGGUGCGACCUUCCUGCAGAGAAGACUGAAAAACCUCAGAGGAAUCCCUUCAAAGUGAUCAACGAUGGUCCCAGACUUGGCGUCUGGAAACAGGUCAGCGAGGAGCGGAAGCGCAGCUCUGAGGAGAGUGGCGAGGUGAAGGCUGCCGAGAACCAGCGAAAUAACGGAGAAGAAAAGACUGAAAAGAUCCAGACGAAGAGAAGAGAGGAAAAGGUUGACGAGAUUGGGGGGAAGAGCAGCGAAGAGGCAAAGCGCCAAGAGAAGAACCCCAAUGAUAGAGCAAGGAGAAGUUUGGAGGAGAAGACAUCCAAUCAGGGCUUGAAGAACAGCGGUGAGGAGACGAGGCCCCAGAACAAUGCGACAGAUCUCGGUAGUGACCGAGGGAGGAAGGUCUGUGAAGCUGAUAACAGAGAGAAGCCAGGGAGAACGUCUGAGAGCAGAGCGGCCACUAUGGGGAAGAAACCAGAGGACAGAUCAUGGAGUUGUGAGGUCAGGAGGACCCAGUCUGCCAACGAUGGUGGACAGAAGGUUGUGGAGGACAGUAAACCAUCAUUUCAGGGGUGGAGAGAGAAGGAGCUGCCAGCUGGGGUGAAGAUAAAGAAGAAGCUUCCAGAGGAGAUGGUUCAGAAGGAAGGAGAGUCCUCGAAGGUCACCAGCGUUUCGCCAUCAGAUCCCAGGCAGGAACCUGCAGACGAUGAUGACGUUGUGUUUGUGAGUUCUCAGCCUGGAAAGGAUAAGGUGACAGCGCUGAGGCCAUCAGGAGAAGGCAAACAAAGAACCAUCACCUCCUUCCCAGGCUUCACCCCGCAGGCAGAGGGUCCGAGCUCAGCCGCCCAGCACGCCAUGCUCUCAGCUCAGCUGCAGCAGAAGAAGGCCACUCUGGCAUCUAUAAACCUGAAGGCGCUGCCAGAUGGGGGAGGACGACUCCUGAAACAGGUGCAGGACCUGGAAGAUGCACUCGGGUCUCUGUCUCUCUGUAGCCAGGCUGUGAUCCAACCAGGUAGAGAUGAAGAGAUGAGACCAAAGCCUGACCCUGGCAACGUGUUGAGCAGCGCCGGCCCAGCGGAGGGGAAUCGAGGGGUAAAGCCUUUGAGCUUCCAUGAACUUCCUCCCAGUGCCCUGGGCCUCCAAGGGUUAACUAUGAGCCAGAACUACAGCAGCCUGUAUGGGGUGGCCCCGCAGUGGCAGAGUCUGUACGGCGGGAGAAUGACGGAAGAAAAGCUCUUUGCUGUUAGAAAUGCGACAAGUGAGGCCAUCGACCACCUCCACAAGAGCCUGGAGUCCUGCCCCGGCCCGGAGAACACCACGGAGGACCCCCGAGGCCUGAAGGUCCCGCUGCUCCUGCACCAGAAACAAGCCCUGGCCUGGCUACAGUGGAGGGAGGCUCAGCAGCCGCAGGGAGGGAUUCUGGCCGAUGACAUGGGUUUGGGGAAGACGCUGACCAUGAUCGCCCUCAUUCUUGCCCAGAAACAGCAACAGAAGUCAGAGAAGGAGAAAGAUAAGAAAUUGGAGUCCUGGAUCUCUAAAACAGACUCCACGCUGACUGUUUCCCGUGGGACUCUCAUUAUCUGUCCGGCCUCACUGGUUCAUCAUUGGAAGAAGGAAGUGGAGAAGAGAGUGAGUGACGGGCGCCUGCGGGUUUACCUGUAUCAUGGCGCCAACCGGGAGAAGGACUGUAAGAUGCUGGCGCAGUACGACAUUGUGGUCACCACCUAUAGCCUCGUGUCCAAAGAGAUUCCUGCCAAGAAGGAGGAAGGGGAGGCACCGGCCAAAGACCAGGACCUGGAGGACCGGGCGGCCUCCUCUCCUCUGCUGCGUCUGGCCUGGGCCCGCAUCAUUCUGGAUGAGGCUCACAACAUUAAAAACCCCAAGGUGCAGACGUCCAUCGCUGUGUGCAAGCUGAGAGCCGGGGCCCGCUGGGCAGUGACCGGGACCCCCAUACAGAACAACCUACUGGACCUCUACUCUCUGCUGAGGUUCCUGCGCUGCUCCCCAUUUGAUGAGUUCAAGCUGUGGAAAAGUCAGGUGGACAACGGCAGCAGGAAAGGAGGCGAGCGGCUGACAAUCCUGACCAAGAGCUUGCUGCUGCGGAGGACCAAAGACCAGCUGGACCACACGGGGCGACCACUGGUUGAUCUCCCCCAGAGGACGAGCGAGCUGCAUCAGCUGACCUUAUCCCCUCAGGAGCAGGCCGUGUACGAUGUGAUAUUUGCCCGAUCCAGAUCGACGCUCCAGCAUUACCUGAGGAGACACGGAGGCGCCUCACACACAGACUCCGGGAGCGCAGACAAUCCCUUUGACAGAGUUGCUCGGGAGUUCGGCCCCAGUCAGGGUGACGUUUCGGCCCCGCCGCUUCCUCAGGGAUCCAGCACCGUCCACAUCCUGUCACUUCUGCUCCGCCUGCGCCAGUGCUGCGGCCACUUAUCUCUGCUGAAGACGACUCUGGACCAGCUUGAGCUGAAGAAUGAGGGGCUGAGCCUGACCCUGGAAGAGCAACUCAAUGCCCUGACCUUGUGUGACCUUCAGAGCCCAGACCCCAAAUCCACCGUCUCCCUGAACGGAACCAACUUCCAGGCUGAACUGUUUGAGAGCGAAAGUGGAAGCACCAAGACCGACGCCCUUAUCUCCAGACUGAAGACCAUAAACUCUAGCGCUGUUCCCCAGAAGAGCGUCAUCGUGUCGCAGUGGACCAGCAUGCUGAGGAUUGUGGCCGUCCAUCUGAAGCGCAUCGGGAUGUCUCAUGCCACCAUCGACGGCUCCGUCAACCCUAAGCUCCGAAUGGACCUUGUGGAAGAGUUCAAUACCAACCCCCGAGGACCACAGGUCAUGCUGGUGUCGCUCUGCGCCGGAGGUGUGGGGCUGAACCUGAUUGGUGGAAAUCACCUCUUCCUGAUGGACAUGCACUGGAAUCCGGCUUUGGAGGAUCAGGCCUGCGACCGGAUCUAUCGGGUGGGACAGGACAAGGACGUGGUCAUUCACAGGUUCGUCUGUCAGGGGACAGUAGAGGAGAAAAUCUCUCAGCUCCAGGAGAAGAAGAAGGAUUUGGCCAAGAAGGUUCUGGCUGGAAAUGGCAGCACGUUCACCAAGCUCACACUGACGGACCUGCGUCUGCUGUUUGGGGUCUAGUUAAUGUUUCGGGCACCUCCAGGUCACAGGGGCUCUUCUGGCUGACACGUAUAUACUGUGCUCAGAGACACUUUAUAUUUAUAUGUCCCUUGUGCGGCGUUUUUUUAUGUGUCGUGUAAUAAAGCAAUUU